AUGUCUCAGGAUAAAAAGUAGCUCAACCACAAAGAAGAAAAACAAGGACUUCUAGAGAAUCAGCCAGACUCUAAAACUAAUUAGAAUCAGAAAUAUCAAAUAAAUAGCAGCAAUCCUUAGAAUCCAGAGUAAAAUAAAAAUGUGGAAUAAGAAAUGGCAGUAAUCAAUCCAAACAACAGAUAAAGAUAUAAUGAUGAAGGAGAUUUAGAAUCAGAUGAUGAAGAGGAGUAAUAUGGACAAAAUGCCAAAUAAGGUGCUCAGACAGGCAAAAAACUAAAAAAAUCUAAGUACUAUGAAGAACUGCCGCAAGUUCCCACUAAAAUUAAAUGCCCACACUGCAAAGUAGUAGUUCAGACUAGAGUAAAGAGGAAUAAAACUUAGCAGUGCAAAAAGUUCUUUUAUUACUUUAUGAUGGGCUUGUUAAUGAUAACUUGCUUUGUUUUUGUGCUAUUUUACUUUAUUCUGUAUACCGUAAUAUGUGGGCGUAAUAACCAAGGUAGUAAAUGUGAUUGCUUUGAUACAGAAACAGGUUGCUGCUGUUUCAAAGGUCUUUGCAAAGGAAGUGGCAAGUGCGCCCCCAAGGUAACAUAUUUUCACUAUUGUCAAAAAUGUAAUAAGAUUAUUGGUAGUUCAAAUUGA